GCCGCCGCCGGUGCCUCCGGUGCCGCCCGUGCCCGCGCCGCCUGGCUCCCGCGCCAACGCCCCGGCAGCCUGCAGCCGCCAGCCGGGCGGCCCCGCCGGCCCCAGCCCGCAGCGUCGGGGCGCCGGGCGUGCGGGAGCCGCUCAGCCUGCGGAGCCCCCAGGCACCCGCCGCCGCCGCUGCCGCCCCAGCCCCGCGCCCGGCCCCGCCACCGCCCAUGCGGCGCGGGCACUUUUAGCCGCGCGGGAGGCCCGGGGAGUCGGCCCAGGAGCCCCGCCAGCAGCCGCACGGAGCGCCAGCAACGCAACCCCGCAGCCCAGUAGGACGCCUGGCCCACCGCCGCCCGCCGCUAUGGAUCUAUUCGACUUUUUCCGGGACUGGGACUUGGAGCAGCAGUGUCACUAUGAACAAGACCGUACUGCACUUAAGAAAAGGGAAUGGGAGCGCAGAAAUCAAGAAGUCCAACAAGAAGAGGACCUCUUCUCUUCAGGUUUCGAUCUUUUUGGGGAGCCCUACAAGGUAUCUGAAUAUACAAACAAAGGUGAUGCACUUGCCAACCGAGUCCAGAACACCCUGGGAAACUAUGAUGAAAUGAAGGACUUACUAACUAACCAUUCUAAUCAGAAUCAUCUAGUGGGAAUCCCAAAGAAUUCAGUGUCUCAAACACCCAUCAACAAAACCGAACCGAGCUUUUUUCCAGAACAAAAGAACCGGAUGAUCCCAACUCAACAGGACAAUACUCAACCGUCUGCACCAAUGCCUCCACCAUCAGUUGUGAUAUUAAAUUCAACUCUCAUACACAGUAACAGGAAGACCAAACCUGAAUGGCCUCGAGAUAGUCAUAAUGCUAGCAUUGUACCAGUCAGCCAGGCCUGUGGUCAGCCCAACAGGAUGCACACUUCUACCCAAGACCUGACCCCAGCCCGACUGGAAGAUUUCUUUGUCUACCCAGCUGAACAACCUCAAGUGGGAACAGUGGAAGAACCAAACCUAUCUGCAAAGGAAGAUAGUUAUCUCAAGUCCAGUGGAGGGGAUACUUUCAAAGAAAUAUUUCAAUCCAUUUCACCAGAAGAAUCUGAAUUUACAGUGCAAGCACCUGGGUCUCCCCUAGUUGCCUCCUCUCUACUAGCUCCUAGCAAUGGUCUUGCAGUUCAGAACUUCCCGCCAGGGCUUUACUGCAAAACAAACAUGGGACAACAAAAACCAACUGCAUAUGUCAGACCUAUGGAUGGCCAGGAUCAGGCACCAGACAUUUCUCCAACACUGAAACCCUCCAUUGAAUUUGAGAAUAGCUUUGGGAAUCUUUCCUUUGGAUCACUCUUGGAUGGGAAGCCCAGUGCAGUCAAUGUGAAGACUAAACUGCCCAAGUUCACUAUUCUCCAAACAAGUGAAGUGAGCCUGACUAGUGAUCCAAGCUGUGUUGAAGAAAUCUUGCGGGAGAUGACUCCUUCCUGGCCUGCUCCUCUCACUGCCAUGCAUGCUUCUGGAAACUCUGAGCAGAACACAUUCGCCAUCCCAGCACAGGAAUCUCAACAUCUGACCCCAGGAUUCACCUUACAAAAGUGGAGCGACCCAACCAGCAGAGCUUCUACAAAGUCAGUAUCACUAGAGUCGAUGCUCGAAGACGAUCUGAAACUGAGCAGUGACGAAGAUGACCUUGAACCUGUGAAGACCUUGACCACUCAGUGCACUGCCACUGAGCUCUACCAGGCUGUUGAAAAGGCAAAACCUAAGAACAAUCCUGUGACCCCACUCCUGACUGCACCUCUACUCCAACCAGCUCUGCAAGCCAGCAGUGGGUCCGGCAGCUCCAGUGAGUCUGAGAGCAGCUCGGAAUCUGACUCAGACACUGAAAGCAGCACUACUGACAGUGAUGCCAAUGAGGCCCCUCCUCGUGUGGCCACUCCAGAGCCAGAGCCACCAUCAACCAACAAGUGGCAGUUGGAUAAAUGGCUUAACAAAGUGACAUCCCAGAAUAAGUCAUUCAUCUGUGGCCAAAAUGAAACUCCCAGUGAGACAAUUUCAGUUGCCCCUCCAAUCAUUCAGCCGAUGGAAGUCCAGAUCAAAGUACAGCCAAACCCCAACCAGGCCCUGCCUGAACCCAAAGAAAGGCCUCUUCUCAACCUUAUCAGGGAGAAAGCUCGCCCACGGCCUCCUCCAAAAAUGCCUGAAAUGAAGGCUUUGAAGCAUAAGCUGUCCACUUCUGUUGAUGCCGUUUCUCAAAGGACAAUUGGUAAAAAGCAACCAAAAAAGGUUGAGAAGAACACCAGCAUUGAUGACUUUACCUGGCCCAAACCAAAUAUUACCAGCAACACUCCCAAAGAAAAAGAAAGUGGGGAGCUUCCUGACCCCCCAAGAGGUCGCAACAAAAUCACUGCUCACAAACCCAUGCCAAGGAAAGAGCCAAGGCCACAUUACCCCUUGGCUGCUGAGAAGAAGAAGUACAGAGGGCCUGGAAAGAUCAUACCCAAGUCCCGGGAGUUCAUUGAGACUGAUUCAUCUACAUCAGAUUCUAACACAGACCAAGAAGAGGCCUUGCAGAUCAAAGUCCUGCCACCAUGCACCACCCCUGGAGGCAACACAGCCAAGUCCAAGGAGACAGGCAAUGCUAGUCUGACUCUCAGCACUCUCCUUGGCAACAACAGCAGCAGCAACCAGCCCACCACUAAUGAGGAGUCCAGCUUUUCACCCAUCCCUGUCAUGCAGACUGAGCUGCUUUCCCCUCUGCGAGAACAGGAGAAUAUGAAAAACCUUUGGGUGAAGAUUGACCUUGACUUACUCUCAAGAGUACCUGGGAACAACUCUCUGCCAAUAGCUCCAGCCAAACCAGACCACAAGGAGAAGGAGACUGUCCCCAAACCCAAGCGUCAGGCUGCUGCUGCUGUUGCAGCUGCAGAAAAACCUGCCCCCAAGGGCAAGCGUAAGCACAAGCCAACAGAAGUUGUAGAGAAAAUCCCUGAGAAGAAGCAGCGCCUGGAGGAGGCUUCGACCAUCUGCCUGCUCCCCCCUUGCAUCUCACCUGCUCCACCUCACAAGCCACCCAAUGCUAAAGAAAACAAUUCAUCCAGGAGGGCAAAUAGAAGAAAAGAGGAGAAACUGUUCCCACCUCCACUUUCUCCACUGCCAGAGGAUCCUCCACGUCGCAGGAAUGUCAGUGGCAACAAUGGUUCCUUCAGUCAAGGCCAAGGUCAAGACAAAAACAUCCCUCUGAUUGGGCAAGUCACUUCCACCAAAACCAAGAGGAAUGAGGGCAAAUUCUGUGCUACUUUUAAGGGAAUAUCUGUAAAUGAGGAAGACACUCAGAAAAAGUCAGCUUCUGCCACCAUCACUACCAACAACACUGCUAUUGCCACUGUCACUGCUACUGCCAUUGUUACUGCCACUGUCACAGCCACUGCUACUACCACUGCUACUGCCACUACCACCACCACCACCACCACCAUUUCCACCAUUACUUCCACCAUCACUACUGGCCUCAUGGAUAGCAAUCACCUGGAGAUGACUUCCUGGGCAGCCCUGCCGCUGCUGUCCAGCAGCACAGCCAAUGUCCGAAGACCCAAGCUCACUUUCGAUGACUCGGUUCACAAUGCUGAUUAUUACAUGCAAGAGGCUAAGAAGCUGAAGCACAAGGCUGAUGCGCUGUUUGAGAAAUUUGGCAAAGCUGUGAAUUACGCCGAUGCAGCCCUGUCCUUCACCGAAUGUGGCAAUGCAAUGGAGCGUGACCCUCUGGAGGCGAAGUCUCCUUACACCAUGUAUUCUGAGACAGUGGAGCUCCUCAGGUAUGCGAUGAGGCUGAAGAACUUUGCAAGCCCCUUGGCUUCAGAUGGGGACAAAAAACUGGCAGUGUUAUGCUACCGAUGUUUGUCACUUCUCUACUUGCGGAUGUUUAAACUGAAGAAGGACCAUGCUAUGAAGUACUCCAGAUCACUGAUGGAAUAUUUUAAGCAAAAUGCUUCAAAAGUUUCUCAGAUACCAUCUCCAUGGACAGGCAACGGAAAGAAUACUCCGUCCCCCGUGUCCCUCAACAAUGUGUCUCCCAUCAACGCCAUGGGGAACUGUAACAAUGGCCCAGUUACCAUCCCCCAGCGUAUCCACCAUAUGGCUGCCAGCCAUGUCAACAUCACCAGCAAUGUGUUGCGAGGCUAUGAGCACUGGGACAUGGCCGACAAGCUGACAAGAGAGAACAAAGAAUUCUUUGGAGAUCUGGAUACACUGAUGGGGCCUCUGACUCAGCACAGCAGUAUGACCAAUCUCGUCCGUUAUGUUCGCCAGGGACUCUGUUGGCUGCGCAUCGACGCCCAUUUGUUGUAAUGGGUGCUCCCUGUCUCCAGCAUCAGCACCCAUCUGCUACCUCUACCAGAGGACCGAUGGUCCCUGGUGGAACUCCAAUAGUUUGGGAAAGUUCUCUUUGGUUAUGUUUCAUAUGCUUCUUUUAAUAAUUCUGGUAAACAGAAGUCAUUGUAAGUGCACACUACAACUUGAGAGCAGUGUAUGUUUUAUUAUUGAAUCAUUUAUCAAUAUUUUGUAUGAGGCGUCUGUCAGACCCCACCAUUGUUUUGUGCUUUACAGAAUGACACACUCCCUACAGUAUUAUUUGAAGCUCAUACUACCCCAAAACAAAGAAUGGGAAGCACUCAGGUUCCUGAGAAAUGAAAUCAUAUCUUUCUAUCUGUCUAUAGAAAACUAGAUUGUUUAUCUUUAUGAACAUAGGCAAGAAGCACCUGCAAAGAUUUAAAUUUUCAAUAUUAGCCAUUCUCCUCAACUAUACUCUUAUGUCCAGAAAAGAAGAUCCUUUGUCAAACAUCUGUGGUUUCCACAGACUCAGUCUUCAGGUGAGAAUGCUCAUUGUCAAAACCCAAAGAUUAGAUGUAGUACUGAUAUCAUAAAGCCCUGAGUAUUAAGAAAAUAAGCAAAUUUAGCAGUGUCAGUCUUAAAAUGAUACUGUAUGGUACUAUGGCACAUAAACAGAGGAUUCUCUCUCUCUCUCUUUCUCUCUCUCUCUCUCUCCUCUCUCCUCUCUCCUCUCUCACUUAGCAUCCCUUUUAUGAUUUCACAAUACUUUUUUUAUUAUUUUUAUGAUAAGAUGGAGUGGCAACACUUACUUUGACACCUUCAAGGCAUCAGUUGCAUGAAAGUUUUGAUCCAUAAAUCCUCACCUGAGAUUCUCUGUGCAAAACUCUCCUUUUGAGGAGCAGCUUAGUAGGUGUGUGCCCUACUGGUUAAAAUAACACUCCAGUUUUAGAGAUAAUACAGUGGAGAAGUCUGGAAAAUGUGAGAGGAAUUCACUCCUCUGCCUCUUUGCAGCUGUUAGGUGGAUUCAUAGCUGGCAGGAUCAUCUUUUAAAUUGUAUUUUGAUUAAAUAUCAGAAAACAACUGCCAAAUCAUAACUAUGGAGAAAAAUUAAUAUAGUUCACUUCCUAGUGGAUUUAAAAUUGGGACUCCUCCAAUUAUUAGCCACAUUUUCUAUUUUGUAGGGUUUCUUUUCCUUCUUUUAUCUUUCUUUUGCUUAUUUUUUGACUCAUUUUAUCUGAGAUAUAAUCCCAGGUUUUAUUCAAGUCUAUAUGAGCAUGAAGCAUUUUCAUGAAAAUUCCAUAGACAACACCAAACUUUUUUAGAAGUAGUGAGCUUCUGAUAACAAUGACAAAAAUGAGUCUUGGCCUAAUGACUCACCCUGAAGUGCUUUGAAAAUGUCCUGAAGAUUGGGACCAGUUUGCCUAAUUUAGAAACACCUCAAAAUCAGUUGUGAUGACCCCCACACCCCUUAUAAUCUUCAAUAUUCAGUUUGAGUCAUAAACACCACAAUGUAAAUAUCAUCUUUGGUGUUCUAGCUCCCCAGAAGUAUCCCCCACUUGCAGAAUUAUCCAUACAUUAAUCCCUUGUAAUUAAUUACCUGCCGGUAUGUAAUUCCAUAUAUCCUUUAAUCUGCUGAGUUAUUAAAUUCUGUUCACUGAGUUAUGACCCUAUAAGUAAUAGAUAUAUGCACAUGAAAGAUGACUUGUAUGUUUUUCAAGCAAGUCAUGCAAGUCUGUGAUAGGGACAGCAAGGGAUCACUCUGCACUCUCAUUGUCAAGGUUAGAUAUAUCCCCAGAUACGAAAGAGCAAGACCUGAGCUCUGCUCUGGUCAUCUUGAGUUUAAGGCCUUUUGUUGUAUAAUAAGGUUGUGGAAAUUGUCCUCCAGUGGCCAAGGCCACGUUGUCAAGAAGGCUGCAAGGGUGUCCCAGCAGCCAAACCCAGCACUUUUUAUGCUCCCACUGGGGUCGAGCUUUACGUUCGCAGUCUCAGCAACAACACUCACAUGCAGACACUCACCUGGACACAUGAAACCUGCAAGAAUCUAUUCUGACCCUCCUAAGUGAAGGUAUUGAUCACAUGAGAAACUCUAAACACCCCAGCUGGGUGUCACAUAUCAAAAAUUAAGCUGUGGCUUUACAGUGACUCAACUCCUCUGUUGUUUCUUUGGCUUACCAGGUAGAAUGCCUGGCUAUUUAUAUAUUGAAGCUCACUGGCUUGACUUACAAGUCAAACCUAGACUGUGAUCCUAGACCAUCAUGAAGUUAGGAGUAGAUUCUUCUUGAAGUUCAUUCUUCAGAAAAUGGACAUUAACAUACUACAUGGCAGUUUCCCAGAGAAACAAGUGUAUUGCCUCAUGCAUGAAAGGCUUGUCGAUCUAGUUUCAGCAAGCCAUUAUAUCUACUUGCCAUACAACAGGGGGCAGCUGAGAAUCCUGCUGCCUAAGUAUAAAUAGCACCUUGAACUGAUCUGACAGCUGAACUUAGAAGCACCACCUGGUUAGUUGGGAGACCCACUGUAUUUAAAGCAGCUUAGAAACUGAGUAAACAUGGAAAAUGGAUGGCCUUCCUAUCCCUGGUGAUGAAACAGCGCUUGGUUUCCGAAUUGAGGGUCUUUGCUGUUUUCUAGGAACUCACUUCAUCACAUUGUCAAUGGUGAUGUGUGGGGUAGGUGUGCAGCUCUUUGGCGGAUUGAGAUAAUUGUGUCUAGUAAAUCUCUUCAGUGUACCAGUUUGUGGGAGGGAUAUAAGACAUGUGGAUGGUAGUGAGAGAUUCUGCCUGGAGACCUUGAUGGAGAUCAGUGAGACAGGUCUCAAUAAGCACAUAUAGGGAGGAGGACCAGCAGAGGAGCGAGCAGCUCCCCUUGAGCAAGUACACAGGAUCUCAGCCCUGCAGGGAGUUGGGCAGGGCCACCACUAUGCCUUCAUUUGUCACCCAAGCUCCAGCCACAGAGAGUUAAACAAGUUUGUGUUAUGAUGUUGACUUGGCUUUGUAUUUUUAAUUAACUUUGGACUUUUUAGUGGUUUUGUCAUAUUACUGUCUGAGUUUGGUAGGUAGGAUUAAUUUGAAAAAGAGUAUACUAGUGUGGUCCUCAGGGUAGAAUUUAGCUGUAAGCAUGUUGUUAGCCAGCCUGUAGACUGUUAAUUACUUAAUAAUCUCAUUGGGAAAAUACUAGUAGUUUUAUAUUUGGAUGACAUAAUUGGAAAAGCAGAUUAGCUGCUGCUAACUUUUAAAAGACUUGAGGUUGGGAUGCUUUUAUCAUCCCCAGGCAAUGACUUAAAAAAAAAAAAAGAUUAAGAUCUUCACUCAGUUCGCUGAAUUGCUAAAUUAGAAACCAUUGGCUAAGAUGUGUUUUGUUGAGUUUCCAAAUGGAUGGCUUUUCAUUUGGACCUAACAUCACUAAACACAUUGGAUUGGGUCUGCUCUGGAAAGACAACUUGUUCUGCUGUGUCUUUCCCCAAAGCUCUGUAAUGCAGAUUUUGUUCCGUUUGAAUUUGUAGCCCGGAGGUUGAAGUUGGAGUAGGAAGUCUGAAAGAAUUUAUGAAGGCAGAAUUGUUUAAGCUGUGAGGGAGAUGCCCUCACUUGCUUCUCAACAGACAUGAUAAAAUUCACCUGCGUAAGCUAGCAGGUGGGAGAACCAAACUGGAUCCCUGGGUAGGAUUACUCAGUAAGGAAGCGCACUGCUUGCUUAGAGAAGCAUCCGCUAUCCCCAUUGAGAAAAGGUGUGGCGAGACAGUGUUGCCACACAGCAUCAAAUGAAUGGGUUGAUUCAGUGCCCCUCCCCAAUUCCAUUCUGUGGGGUGAAACUGUUGAGCCAGUUGCCACUGUGCUGUUAAGUGACUGGCAGAUUGAAUUCUUUGUCGUCGUUCUUGUUGAUGUUGUUGUUGUUUCUCAUCUCCAGUUGCACAGCCUUAUUCUCAUGAUUAAACUCUACUUCAUUUUCUCUUCGAUGUUAGCAAACUCCAACUACCGAAAUGGCAUCUGUGUAUUGAUAAUCAGCAUUUACCCUGGCAGGAGGCUAAUCAAAUAGGCUGGUCUCAGACAUUAAUCCUAAGUAUCUGAUAUUUUCUGGGAAAUAAAAUGUAUUCAUUCCCUUUCCAUUCUCCUCCUCACAAAUCUAGAAGCCCUCUUUACCAAGCACAUCACCUUUUCCUCUGUGAUCCAUUGACUACAAGAAAAUCGCAUUGUGGGGAGGGAUAAGGGGAGGGUGGGGUGGGGGGUGGAGGGGAGGGAAGUCCUUCCAGGCCAGGCUGCAGUUCUUGCCCCUUUCUGCUUCUGACAUGAGAUGUUAACAAAUCAUUCAUAAGGCUCACAUUGCGUUAGGGGACAUGGAACUGCUUUUCCAAUCCAUGAUCAACCAUUGCUCUUCUAAGAGACUGGAGCUUUGCUGUUUCAUUACCUGUGCAGUGUAGACUAAUGGUGUUUAAUAAAAAUCAUUCAAAAUUUCAAA